UUUUCGUUCUCAAACUUGUUGAAUGUUCCCUUUGUCAGCAACCUUUUGCGAUUAAUUUCCUUUGUAUUGUUUUCAGAACACUGGAGAGUAAUUCUCAGUCAGUUCGAGAGCAAUGCAUGGCUCAGCAAGGUCAAGUGUCGCAGCUGACUGCUGAAGCUGUCAACCUCCAGAAUGAGUUGCAAAUGCUACGAGCAGAGCACUCUGCCAUGCGUCUGGACCUCAUGAACAGCGUGCCAUUGGUUGACAAGGGCCGUCAGCUUCAACAGCAGGUGAAUGAGCUACGGCGAGAGCUAAUCCAUGUUACGAUGAGAGCCCAGUCGCUGCAGGACCAGCAGUUUAACACCUACAACAAAGACAUUCACAUGGCAAGGCUGCAACAACAGCUGGACUUGGUCACUGGAGAGUUCAAUGCUUCUAAGGAGGGAAGCCUGUGGCUGACCAAUCAACGCGAUGCAUUUCACCGAAAGAUAGCUGACAUGGAGAAGGAGCUUGCGCAGAAGGAUGUUGCUAUUGACCAGAUGAAGGCAACACUGCUGCGGCAACAACGGACCGCUGAGGGCAAGGAAAGAAUUGCUGAAGAAGCAAUACAGUCGCUGACGAAAACCAACGAACGGCUUGACCAGCAAAUCUACAUUCUGGACGGUCGCCUUCGACUUCACCAGCGUCAGCUCAUCACUGUGGAUGUCUGCAAGACUGCGGACAUGUCAGCGGCAAUGGAGAUGACAAGCGAGAGUGAGGACGCAGCCUGAGCACCACCGUUCUCAGUAAACCCGACGAUGCACGCCGGCGGAGCGCUGAGAGCGGCCUAGGCAAUGUUAGCAGAACUCCGUUACUUGGUACAUACACCCUGUUUCCUCUAACCAUGCCGUGUGCAGGUACACGGACGGUGACAAGCACUGUCAAUCCAGCAAUGUAGAGCAGUGUAGAACAAUGUAGAGCAGUGUAGAGCAAUGCAGGGUGCGGUAUGUUCACUAUGCUGCUGAAGGCUAUUUUUUACGCUUUCAUUCGCUGCACAUUGCGCAUAACUGCUUAUAUACCUUGCUGCGACAACACACGCGUGCAUGCAUAAACACACACACACACGCGCACGCACCCACACACGCAAGCUGUUCCUUAUUUUUAUCGAUUUUUGAAUUUUUUUAAAGAGACGUAGAAGAUCUUUGCUGGUCAUGGUAACUAGUGUGUGACACUGAAUAGAAAGGGAGAAAAAGUUUUGAGCUUUA